UGGGACUUACCUUUUUUAAAAAAUUGUUUCAUUUUAAUUUACAGAUGUUUACCAGGAUUCAUACAGCGGAUGAAAUGCUUGCCCUUUUCUUCUUCUCACGAUGCUGGUUUAAUUGAUUUAUUUUCCCCUACGUGUGGGAAUUCAGAAAAUCAAAGGUUUCCAAUAAAAGUAAUAGCUUUGAGUAUUCAAGAACAAUAGCCAUUUUGGUUAUUCAACAUGCAGAGGAAACAAGGAUAUUGCAGCUAUUGCCGUGUGCAGUAUCCUAACCUGGAACAGCAUUUGUUCAGUGCUCAGCACAGAAGCUUGACCAGACAGAGUAGACGUCGGAUAUGUACCAGUAGUUUGAUGGAACGUUUCUUGCAGGACGUACUGCGACAUCACCCAUAUAAUUAUCAAGAGAACAGAGGAACACAAAAUGAGAUGUCUAUGAAUGCUGCAUCACCUGAAGUGGUUCAUUUGGAAGAUUUCUUUUCUGAAGAAUAUGCUCAGGACACUCCUGAAACCAUAGAAGAAGAAACACUCUCUGAGAGUUCUGAUUCUGUUGAAGAGUUGACUUCUGAACCUAGUGAUCAGUCACAGGAGCCUGUAAGGGAGAUAUCAAUUCGACCAUCAGUUAUUCAAAAACUGGAGAAGGGACAGCAGCAGUCCUUGGAGUUUGUUCCUAAAAUUGAGAGUGGUGGUAUGAAAAGAAUAAAUCCAGUAGAUAUUGGUCAAGCUACAAAUAGUGGAAAAAAUCCAGUACGUCCCCCAGUGAUUUGUAAUGCUCCUGCCAGUUGUUUACCUGAGAGGUCUUAUGAUAGGCCAGUUGCGACUACUACUGCUAGGUUACCACUAGCAGUCCACUUGGAUUCAGUUAGCAAAUGUGACCCAAACAAAGCUCACACACACCUUGAACAGCUAGACAUGGUCUCUAGAAAUCCUGUGCCAUCAGCCCUUGUAGGAACUUCAGUUUCAUAUAAGAAUCCUAAAGAAUCAAAUAGGAAACCUUUAUGUGUAAAUUCAGAUAAGUUGGUUUUACAGAAAGAAGUAAAAUCUCAGGGUGAAUUGUCACCUGGCUUUAAAUUCUGUGAACUUAAGGGUACUGAAAAUUCUGUAAGAGUUAAAUCUUCUUCCAGAUUAGCAUCUAACUUGGCAGGAAAUCUGAACAAAACUGACAAGCCUUCUGAUAGAGGAGUCUUUGGAGAUGCCAUUCCAAAGCACCAUGAGGAAUUUCUUUCAAAUAUGGAUUGUAGCCAAGAAGAAGAGCAUUUGGUUUUUAAGAAGUCAUCAUUUUUGAAACAAAAGUUCUCACUGAGUUCCGAAGUGAAGUUUGAUUGUGGUCCUCUUCAGUCAGCAGCUGAUCAAUCUCAAGAGGCUGUCCAAGACUUAAACCUUUGGAAGGAAGAGCGAGUUGACCAAGAAGAUGAGAACUAUGAAUCUAGAGAUUCUGAAAUGAGUUUUGAUUGUGAUUCCUCCUGUCAUUCACUGACUGAUCAAUCUGAAAUGUCUGAUAGAGAAAUAAACCUUUUAGAGGAAACACAUGCUGAUUUAACACAUAAGAAUAAGAAAUCUUGUGUUUCUGAAAAAAUUUCUGAUCGCAGUGAUUCUCUUCAGGCAGUUACCAGGCAAUCACAAGUGAUUGUUAAAGAAGAAGGUCUUCAGAAUACAGCGCGUAUUAGCCUGGUUGAUGAAAGCUAUGAUACUAGUGGUUCUGAAAUGAAUUCUGAUUAUGAUGAAGACUUCCCUCAGUCAGCUAAAAAGUACCGCCAACAGCCUGUGAAAGAAGUAGACCUUCCUCAGGAGGUUCACAUUAGUUUGGUUGAUAGGGACUAUGGAUGGACUAGCUCUGAAUCAAGUGCUGAUUCCAUUUUCUCACUUGAGUCAGUGGUUGAUGAGUCCUCAGUGGUUGUUACAGAAAAACAAGUUUGGAAGAAGGCUCAUGUUAGGUUGGUUGAUGCAAGCUAUGGAUCCAGUUGUUCUGAAUCAAGUUUUGAUUGUGAUGCUUCACCUCAGUUAGUAGUUGACCGACCUCAAAUGACUGUCAAAGAAAAAAAACUGAAACACAGACACGUCCACCUAAAAAAUAAGAAACGUAAACCCAGUCGUGCUAAAGCACAUCUUGAUUUUGGUGUUUCUCUUGAGACAGUGGCUGAUGAACCCCAGAGGGCUGUUGAAGAAAAAAAUCUUCUGAAAGCGAAGAAUGCUGACCUUGUGGAUAUGAACUGUGAGUCUCAUGGUCCUGAAAUGGGUUUUCAUGCUGAUGCUCAAUUAGUGGCUGAUGAAUCUCAAGUAGCAGUUAAAGAAGUAAACCCUCAGAAAGUAGAUAAUGACCUAGAGAAUAAUAAGAGUAUUCCAUCUAGCAUUUCUUAUCUAAGUUUCGAUUCUCAUGCUUUUUUUUAUCAGUCAGCUAAUGAUCAACCUCAAGGGGCUUUGGGUGAAGUAAAUCUUAAAGAGUUAAAUGUCGACAUGGAAGUUAAGAGCUAUGGGUGCUCCAGUUCUGAGUUGACAUUUGAUUCCGAUUCCCCUCUUCUGUCAGUUACUGAGCGGUCUCAGCUGGAUGUUGAAAGAAUAAAAGAAGAUCACAUUAACCUGGAAGAUGAGAGCUGUGAGUCAAAUAGUUCUGACAUAACUUUUGAUUCUGAUAUUCCUGAUUGCUCAGUAGUUGACCAACCUGAAGUAGCUGUUGGUGAGGAGGAACCUGUUGAUCUGGAAAAUAAAAGUAAUGAAUCUUGUAUUUCUGAAAUAACUUUUGAUUCUGAUAUUCCCCUUCAUUCAGGAAAUGAUCAUCCUGAAGUAGCUGUUAAAGAAGUAAUCAUUCAGGAAGAAGAAUACGUACAUUUAGAAAGGAAGAAUGACAAACUCAUUGAUUCUGAAAUAAAUUUGGAUUCUUAUGCCCCUCUUCAUUCAGUGACUAAUCCUCCUGAAGUAGCUGAUAAAAAGCUAAAUCCUCAAAGAGAAGAGCAGGUACUCUUUAAAAAUAAGGAAAAUGAGCCUGCUGAUUCUGAAUUAAGUUUGGCUUAUCAUACCAUUUUUCCUUCAAUGACUGGACAUUCUGAAGAUCCCUUUAAAGACAUAAACUUUGAGAAAGAAGUGCAUGUACCCUUUGAAAAUAAGACUAAUGAAUUAAGUGCUUCUGAAACAAGAUUGGAUUCUGAAAUCCCUCUUCAGUCAGUGAUUCGGAAACCCACAGUAGUUGUUAAAAAUAUAUGGCUUCAAAAAGAAAAGUAUGCUGAAUUCCAAGAUAAAAAUGCUGAACUUACUGAUUCUGAAAUAAAUUCAGAUUCUGAUAUUCCUCAUUAUCCUAUGGCAGAACCUCAAGUAGCUGUUAAAAGAAAAGAGAAAAGGAAGCAUAUUGUAGAAAAGAGUCAUUAUCAUGGUGAUUCUGAACUACUUUUCAGUUCUGAGAUCCUUCCUCAGUCAAUAGCUGAAAAACCUCAGUCAGCUAUUUUGGGGAAGGAUCAUGUUAAGCCAGAAGGUCGAAGUACUGUACUUAAAGGUUUUGGAAUAAAUGUGAAUAUUGAUGCCUCUCUUCAUUCAAUCACUGACCAACCUCAUCUGGCCCUUUUGAAGGAAAAACAUGUUGAUCUGAAAGAUGAAGGUAGCAAACCUAGUACUUCUAAAAUACAUUUCAAUCCUGUUGACCCUCUUCAGACACUACCUAAACGUCCUGAAGUAAUUAAGAGCACAAACCAAUGGAAGGAAGAGACUAUGUACCUGGAAAAUAAGAUUGAUGAACCUAGUGGUUCAAAGGCAGUGCAUAAUACUGAUAUUUCUCUUCAGUCUACAGUUAACCCACCUGAAGUAGCUAUUAAACAAGUAAACCUUGCGAGUGAAGAUCAAAUGUAUUUGGAAAGUAAGAAUAGUCAAUAUAAUUCUGAAAGAAGUUUGGAUUCUGAUUUCUUGGUUCAGGAAGUAGUCAGUCGACCUCAAAUAACUACUGUAGAGCCAGAGCACUUUGAAGUAGAAGGCAAGCACAGUCAGUCUUGUGAUUCUGAAGUAAGUUUUGAUUCUGAUGACUCUCUUCAAUCAGUGGCUGACCAGCUCGGGGAAACCGUUAAAGAAAUAAGUCAUUGGAAGGAUGAAGACAUUGACAUGGAAGAUAAGAGGGAUGAAGCCAAGAGUUUUAAAACUAUAUAUGAUUCUGAUGUACUUAAGCCAGUAGCUGACCAAACUGAAGAAGUAGUUCCAGGGAUCAACCUUUGGAAAGAACAUGUUGACUUUGGAGAUAAAAUUGUUACUCCUAGUGACAGAGUGACAGAAAAGAAAAUAAAUUUUGAUUCUGACAAAACUCUUCAGUCUGUGACUAAAAUUCAAGAGCCUGCUAAAGAAAUAAAUCUUUCAAGAGAAGGACAUGUUUGUCUGGAUGAUAAGGGCUAUGAACCUUGUGGUUCUAGAAUAAUUUAUGUUUCAAAUAUCCCCUUUCAAUCAGUGAUUCAGGGACCACAAAUUUUGGAAGAGAGGCCUGCUAAUUUGGAAGUUAAGAACAGUGAUCCUUGUGGUCCUGAAAUACGUUUUGAUUCCAGUGAUUCUUGUCAGUCAGUGGCUGGCCAGUUGCAAAAAUCUAUCACAGAAAUCAGUCUGAAGGAAGACCAUAUUUACCUGGAAGAUAAGAGCUAUAAACUGGUUGAUUGUGAGGCAUGUUAUGAUUCUGAUGUUCCUGUUCAGUUUGUAGCAGAUCAAUCUCAUGUGUCUGUCAAAGAAAUAAACUUGCAAAAGGAGGAUCAAAAUGACCUAGAAGAUAACAACUACACACCCUGUUGUUCUGAAAUAAGAUGUGAUUCUGGUGUUCAUCUGCAGUCAGAAGUUGACCCGUCUCAAAUGACUUACAAAGAAACAACCUUUCAGAAGAGAGAGCUGCUUGGCAUGGAAGAAAAGUCCAGCGAACCAAGUGAUUCUGAAAUGAUGUCUGAUUCUGAUGUGUCUUUUCAAAUAGUAGUUAACUCAUCAUCCCAAACAUCAGAUGGAGAAUCAGAUUCUCCACCAGUGGUGUUUGUGGAUGUGAUGGCCAGUGAUAGUGAUUGUGACCGUGAAGUAAUAUCUGAUUCUAAUGUUCCUCUUGAGUUAGUGACUGACCCACCUCCCAUGACUAUCCCAGAAACCAGCUGUAUAAAUACAGAGUCCAUUGAUGUUGGAAAUAACUACUGUAACUACUGUGGUUCUCAACUAAGAAGUGUUUUGGAAGCCUCUUCUCACUCAGUGGCAAGCCAACCCAAGAAGUCUUUCAAAAUAAUAAACCGGAAGAAUGACUAUAUUAUUCUGGGAGACUCAACUUGUCAGUCUUGUGGUAAUGAAAUAGAUUUUAGUGGUGAUGCCUCUGAUCAGUCCAUGACUUACCAGUCACAAGGACCUGAUAGAAGUAUUGACUCAGAAGAUAAGAGUUGUGAAUAUAAUCGUACUGAAAGAAAUUUUAAUUUGGAAAGCAGUACUCAAUCAGUGACUCAUCAAGUACAGCAAACUGACAAGGAAGACAACCUUUGGAAAGAUCAAAAAGAUAAAAGCUGUGAGUCUAAUGUUUCUGCAGCGGGCUCUACUUCCUCUUCUACAUCAGUGAUCCGUCAAACGACAGUUAGAAAAAGUGCUUUAAAGUCAAAACGUAGAGAUCAAGAAAGUUGUAAAUCUUGUUUUGAGAGGGGUUUUCAGUGUGAUCCCUCUCAUCAUUCUGACUCUAACCAGCCUGGAGAAGCUGUUAAAAAACGCCCAGUUAAGAGGGUAACUUUUGACUUAGGAGAAAAGAGUCGUGAUUCCCAAUCAGGCUCUGCCCCCAAGACUGGUUCUGGAAGGAACCUGGGAAAAGACAAGGUCAUGGAUGAUCUUGAUGCACCAGUUAUUGAGGCCUUAUCACAGAUACUUCCUUCAUCUCUGGGAAGAAAGUGGUCUCGAAUAAUAAGAGGAAAUCACUCAAAAAUUAAUGCCCUUAUGAAGGAUUUUAAGGAAGGUCAUUUCCGCUGUUACUUUAAUAAUGAAGCUAAGACCCAAAUCAUUACUUUGUAUAAAGAAAGAUACAUUGCCUGGCCUAUCUUUAAUCAAACCACUGCAUCCGUUCAAACUGUGUCAAGUUUUGAAGAUAUUGCAGGUGGAUUUUCAGACAUUGAUGACUGUGUAGUGGCUGUAGAGAAACCAAACUAUCAUUAUCCUCUAGCAAAGAGGCUUCUUUCUAAACAGAAUUUGUUUGUGGCUUCUCAGAGCCAGAUAGAAAAAGUUAGCCAUGGAACUCAAACCAGUUUUAUAAGUUACCCAUUGAAGAAAAGAAAAAUAGUUAGACUAGAGGUAGAAUCACCCAAAAAAAAGUGUGUGCAGAGUGACGGAAAAGAGAGAAAAAUCAUCAAAAUUGGAACAAUUGAAUUGCCCGGAACACAAAUUAAAGUUUUGGAGCCUGGACAAUCCAAACCUGUAAUUCGUAUUCUUACUUCUAUAAAUAUUAAACCGAAGGAAGAUGAAUCCUGCGACUCACCUAAAGCGAACCAUUGUGUUUGUGAUAAUGAUCUACAGUUUCUGUGCAAAUAUAAACAGAGUAACCAUAAUUGCCCAUCACUUCUGAAAAUUGUAAAUAAUUUUCCAUCAAACGUGGUAAUAUCAGAGUCUGACAUAUGUUGUAAAUGUCACAUUCAUCAUGAGAGUGACUUAAACUUUAGUGAGGGAGACAAUGAUGCUGUACAAAACCAUGUUUCAAUAUCUCAAAUGAUAAUACCAGCAAGAUAUGAAUUGAGGUCACGUUGUAGGACCAGUGAAUCUUCUACAUUUCUAGAAACUUCAGAGGUUGUAAAUGCUAGUGAGUUUCCAGAGGAAGGUAGUUUCCAGCUAACUCUUUUAAGUCGUGAUGUUGCCAAAAUCUCUCCAAAACCAGUUAAAUAUGAGUUUUUUGAAAGUAAAAGGAAAAAGAAAAUUCAAAGAAAGAAUGUUAUGAGAAACCCAAGCUUUCCCAAAAAGGUGUUUAAAGCAGUUAUUCUCCGUCAGAAUGCCAGAACAGCUUCAGAAAAAUGGUCAGUUUGGAUUCGGACCAAAGCAAAUGACAUAAUUAGAAAAUAUAUUUCAAAAUACUCUGCUUUUCUGCGUCGUAGGUACCAAUCCAGGGCCACUUUAUUUAGAAUGCAUCUUAAGAAGAAAAAAUCAGGUGCCAGUAGGCUAGAGGAGGUGGAUAAAUCAACUCAAACACCUUCGGACACCUCAGUUACACCAGCUGGUGCUAAAGAGAAGUUAAGGGCUAUCGUGAGUCCUCUGAAGCAGCCUGCGCAGCGCACUUCCCGUGCUGUAGGAAGACGUGCUGGAAGAAGAAGUGCUGUAGGAAGAAGAAGUGCUGUAGGAAGAAGUGCUGUAGGAAGAAGUGCUGUAGGAAGAAAGAAGGCUAAGAGAAGGAAUCGCCGCAAAAAGAAAAGGCCUAUACCUGUUAGAGAAUAUGAUUUGAGAAGUUCGUGUUACAUACCAGAUUCUGAUAGAAUGGUGACUCGGCUUGCAAGCAAAAUGAAAAGUAAUGAGGUAAAAUAGAAAUUUUUGUGUUAUGUCUAGUUGAGGAUUCAGUACUUCAAUUAAAAUACAUUUGGUACUUCAGUGCACAUAGCUUUCCCAACUUUGGUGGGAAAACUAACCUUAAACUAUUUUGCUAUAGAUAUUAUUUUUCAGAACUUUUAUAUUCAUUUAAAAUUAGUGUUUAGGGUCCUUUUUUUUAUUUUAAAGAUUCAGAAGCAACUUUUGUCCAACAUUUUCUGUAGAAGAGCUUCAUCUUAAUUUGUCAUGAUAUAAUUUAGCACAGUAUAUAGAAUUUUGUCCCUCAAUAUGUCCUUCUUAUUUAUUUUUUUUUAUGAUCUUUCUUGUGCAAGAAAGUUAUAACAUUAGGAGAAUGAACAUAAAAAACUUAUUAAUGCCAUCUUUUAAAAAAUUGAGACAAAUGCAUAAAUACUUACAUUCUAUAUCAGAGAAGCAUUGUCAAUACAGUAUUCUAACUGGAUAAUUAGAAAGAAGGAACUAUAAUGAGUUAUCUCAGCUUUUAAACAGGGUUGACUUAAAACUAUCACAAAAUAUAAUUUAUCUUUCUCUUAAAAGCAUUCCGGAGAAUGAGAUUCGAUAAUCUUCAGUUUUAAAAAGUGCCUGGUGAUUUUAUAGAUACAAUACAAAUUCCUUCUGCUUCAUUUAAAUUGGAUCUGCAAGUCUGUAACUUUCCUCAUUUGGAUAUGGACUCAUAGUCUCCUCUGUAGCAUUAUUAGAUCUUAAGGGGAAAAAAUUUUACUAGCAUGAUUAGGCUUUUUAACCACCUUUACUCCCUUUUACAUAAAAGGUUGGUGGUUUGAUAUAAAAACUAGUUAAUUUUAUGGCCUAUCCCUUUAAAAUAUCUUAUACAUUACUACCUACCACUUUUAAUAACUUGAACUGAAAUUAUUGGCUUGUUAAUAUUAUUUGGGGAGGCCAUUAAUUAUUUGCUUUAGUAAAUUACUUAAUAUUUCAAAAAAUUGAAUAAAACUGGUAACCUAAAUGGAGGCCCAUUUUGCAAGUGAAAAACUAGUACAUCAGUUUAUCUUAAACUAUCAAAUCAAUUAUCCUACACUAUCUAAUUAGAUAAUUGAUUUGAUAGUUUAUCUUUAACUGAUUUUAAUAGAUUAAAAGAUGUGAAGAUACACAGCAUAAGUCUAGGAUACUUGAGCAUAUUCAUAUCCUUUAUUCAGGAACAUUGGUUAAGCUGGAACAGAUGAAUCCAGUUAUCCUAUUAAGCCAAGAUCCUGAAUCUCUUUCAGUCAUUGAUGUUAAGGGGAAACAUGAUUUCACCUAUAUUGUGUAACUACUAUAUUUUAUUGAAACUAGAGUCAGUGUUAAGAUGUGUCUUGAUUUCAGAGAUUAAAAAAUGUGUUACCUUAGAAUUAAUGAACUAUAAAUGUGGUUUUGUUUCAGGGGCCAUUAUUUAACCUGUGGGUGUGUUAUGAUGGUGUUUUGAUGUAAUUUCUUUACUUCUAAAUUUAAAACAUAAUUAUGUUGAAAAAAGUGGACAAAUGUGGUGUAUCUUUUCGUUGCAAAGCAACAUAGAUAGCAUUUCUUCAACCUUGCCUCAUUAUAUACAAACAUUUUAAUUUCCUUUCUUAAAAUAUCACUGUGAGCCUCUAGUUCACAAUCAUCCUCCAAAUUUAAUUUAGAAAGAAAGCUCUGUCCUACUGAUUAGGAAGUAAACAAACACCCAAUAUGUGAAAAUACUCAGAUUAGGUACUGAUGUCUUUUUUCUUUAUGGAAUAGACACUUUGCUCCCUUAGGUACUAUCAAUAGACAUUCUUUGAGUGUAAGUUUAAAAGCAAGAAUUCAUGUGGAAAUAAUGUGAGAUGUAAAUAUGACAAAUUGUAUCUGUUGUGAUUACAUCAUAGGGAGAGGCGAGUGAUCAAGAAUAAAAGUUAAAAAAAAAUGUUACUACCUUUUACACAUUAGAAGCUAGUCUAAGUACCAUUUUAAGGGACAAAAGUAAAAAGGUUUUUAUUUAAAAUAUACAUUUCUAAAAGUAUAAACACUACAACACUGAUGAUUUUGUUUAACAUCUUGGAAGUAUUUACUAAGUUCUUAUUAUAACCAUCAUUAUUUUAGGCAAGCUUGAAAACUUGAUAUUGUAAAAAUUAUUACUUGAGUUAAAUUGGAAAUGAAUUGCUUUCAGAAUUUGAUAGGAUACAAGAUGUGCCCCUUUGUCUAAAUAAAUGUUGGCUUAAUUUGCAGAUUAUAUAAAACAAUUGGUGAUUUUGUGUAGUCACGAAUGCAUUAUAUUCUUUUCAUAGUAAAGAGUCAAAUUACAACCAUAAUGAAUAUUUUAUCAAUCUUGUCCUUUUUCAGUAUCUUGCAUAGAUUUUUAUUGUAAUUGUCCUGAGUUAUACAGUAUGUGGACAAUAUUGUGUAAUGUGUGUUUUUGCAUUUGUGCAUUUAAAUUAUUUAUGUAACUAGGGCUCUGAGUAACACUUUUUUUUUGCUUAAAGAAAAGCUAUAUUUAAAUAUUCAAAUAAUUAUAUAUUUCCAUGUAAAACUAAUGUGAAGACUAAUGUAUUUUUUAUAAUGCAAUUUAAAGUGUAAACUUGUUUUUGAAGUUAUCAAGAUAAAAUUUAUUAAAUAUUGAAAUUUGUGUCUACUCUCUCCUCAUAUUAGAAGCCUUUCUGGAAAAACUUAAAGAAUCAGAGAACAAUUAAAACAGAAGUACUUUUUAUAAAUGGUCUGAGAGAUAUUAAAUAAGAGAUUAUAAAUGUUGAUGCUGGUGAGAAAAUAGUUAACCAAAGAUACACAGAUUAUAUUCAAAAUAGUGAUUAUUUCAAAGGAUUAAAAUUAAACAACCAUUUAUUUAUCUGAUAGAAUGGUGGAUUAGCAACUUUUCUCUCUGUUUACCUGUAUUGAAAGUGCUCAUGAAUAGGAUUGAGUUCAGGAGUCAUUUUACGUUUAUUGUUUGACGCCUACUGGGAAGGGAAAAAUUUAGUGCCUCCAAUACCAUAGCCUAUAUUAUAAAAGACAAUGUACAUAUGUCAGUGAAGUAGAUGCUUUUGGCCCCAGUUAAAAAAAAAUUACUGUCAAGUCUUUCAGUAAAGACUUUCAUGUGUAGAAAAUACCGAAAAAUCUUGUAAUUGUGAAAUUACAUGCCAAAAUGUCAACUUAAGAAGAUGUAGGGAAGGAAAGGAGACUAGGUACAAGUCUCAGUAUUUCCUUGUCCUUAUCCUUAUCCUAAUAUCCAGAAUUACAAGAUAAUUUAGUAUGUUUUCCUUUGCUCUUAUUCCUUAUAUAUGUGUAUUUUAAAAGUUCUCCCAAAAUAUUUUAAGCUAUUUAUCUUAAGGAAUAGGUCUAGGAUUUUUUGUUGCUGAAUGUUUAUUAUACUUUCUUCUGUGUUUUUAAUUUAUUGUAUUCAUGUUGUGAUAAAUUUCUUUCUAGUUUUAUUUAUUUUAAUACACUUUUAAAUAAGCCUGGAAAGAAAUUUAUUUUCCAGAUUCUCAAGCUGUGCAUACAUCUUGAGCCUUUCCUCAGUGCAGCUCAUUGUUCUAAGCUUAUUAUCUCAUUCGCUCUUUAAAGAACCCUUAUUGAGAUGCUAUAAUUAUUACUAUUAGAUGAGAAAAUCGAGAUAUAGUUUAUAGUUAAUCUCCCCUUCACACCCCCAGUUUUAGGCCACCACUAUUCUAAUUUCUGUCUUUAUAGUUUUGCUUUUUCUGGACAUUUCAUAUAAAUGGAACCAUAUGUAGUCUUUUGUGUCUGCCUUCUUUCAUUUACCAUGAUAUUUUUGAGGCUCAUCUGUGUUAUAGCAUGUGUCUCUAUUUUGUUUCUUUCUAUUACUAUAUAGUAUUAAGAGUUAGUUUUUAAUGAAGCCAGUAAUGGUCUCCUGAUAACAAUUAUGAUAAGUCCAUUAGAUAUGAGGCUAGCUGUUCCCUUUAUGCCUCUUAAUAUUUGCUAUAAUUGAUUAAUCACCAAAUCCAAGCCCAGAUUUGACAGUUGCUUUUUUUGAGUGAUUUUUAUCCCACAUUUCAAUGCUCUAUGCUUCUUUUACUGACCAUUUGGUCAUUUUUUUUCCCUGUGCUCAGUGAAUUUGAAUUUUCAGUGUCAAUAUAUUACCUCAUGUCCUCAAUCCUUUCAUGAUGGAUUGCUUACAGGUAACUGAAAUUUGAUAAUCAUAUCCAAGUUGCAUAUUCUAAUCCACAUAUGCCACAGAACCAGAAAGUGUUCAUGGUGUACUAGUUGUGGUGAACACUCUUUUUAAGUUACUCUCCUACAUACUUACAAUACAUACCAUCAAAAUUAGGAAAUCAACAUUGAUCUGAUAUAACCAUCUACUCUACAGACCUUAUUCAGAUUUUACAGAUUGUCCCAAAAUGUCCUCUGUAGGUCCUGGAUUUGAUUCAGGAUUGAAAACUUCAUGGUUCUUUAGUUUCUUUCAGUAUGGAGCAGUUCUUCAGCCUUUCUCUGUAUUAAUAGCAUGGCAUUUUGAAGAUGAACUGGUUUCUUUGUGGAAUAUUCCUUGGUUUGAGUUUGUCUGAUGUUUCUUUGUAAUCUAUGCGUUUUUGGGAAUUCUGUGUUCUCAGUGUAUCUUAACAGAAGCCAUGUGAUGUCAGUUUGAAUAAAUGUGGUGACAGAAGA